AUGAGAUCGACACUCUUCAGCGCCCUCGCCCUGGGCCUCCUCGGCGCCAGCAAUGCCACCCCGCGUCACCCGACGUCGCCCUCGGAGCUCGACCUCAUCGCGGGCCAGCACGUCAUCUACUCGUACAACACGAGCGACCCGCCCGAGGAGCUGCUGAAGCUCACGCGCGCGGGCCUCGUCGGCGGCGUGCUGCUCUACGACCUGCACAUCAACGCGGGCACGCCGGCCAAGAUGGGCGAGCUGCUGGCGGCGUACAGGGCGUCGCCCGCGCGGCGGCUGCUGCGCUCCAAGUACGGGCGCGACACGUCGCUGCUCAUCAUGACCAACCAGGAGGGCGGCACCAUCUUCAAGCCCAUCAAGGAGUACGGGCCGGACCAGACGGCGCGCGAGGUCGGCGCGUCGGCGAACCCACGCGCGGUGGGCACGCAGGCCGGCAAGGAGGCCAGCCAGGCGCUCAAGGCGUACAACAUCAACGUCAACCUGGCGCCCGUCAUGGGCGUGUACCGCAAGCCGGGCAACUUUCUCGACUUUUACGGGCGCUCGUACGGCACCACGGCCAAGCAGGUCAUCGACGCGGCGGUGCCCUUCAUCAAGGCGCAGCGGGAGCGCGACAUCCUCGUCACCAUCAAGCACUUUCCGGGGCUCGGAGCGGCCGAGGUCGAGCAGAACACAGAUCUCGCACCCGUGACCCUCAACGUGCCGCUCAAGGAGCUCAAGACGGUAGACACGGCCACGUUCGCGGCGGCGAUCCGGUCGGGCGUCGACAUGGUGAUGCCGUCGUGGGCCAUCUACCCGGCCGUGGACAGCUUGCCGGCGGGCCUGAGCGAAAAGUGGAUGAAGCGGGAGCUGCGUGGUCGGUUCGGAUUCCGAGGCGUGACCAUCACCGAGGCCAUGGAAGCGGGCUCCAUCGUGCCGUUCGGGGACAUCAAGGCGCGUGCCAAGCUGGCCUUCAAGGCGGGCAACGACCUGAUCCUGGCGAGCCAGCUCAACGUGACCGAGGGCGUGGAGAUUCGGCAGACGCUGGUCGACGCCGUCAAGUCGGGCGAGAUCAAUCGCCGGGACUUUGACGAGGCGACGCGGAGGAUCGUAGAGCUGAGGAGCCGGGCGUGGAACUAG